ACAUCCUCGCAGCUUGAAUAGGCACGCCAUUUUGAUUUUUUUGAAUUUUACCGCGCUUUGAGCUUUCUGCCAGGGUUGACAUGCUAUGCGCUGUAGAGAAUGAAACACAGGACGAAAUGCCAAACAUGUGUUAGCAAAAUCGAUGAAUAAACGCCCCAAAGCAAAAGUGAAUACGUGUGUAAUUUUAAGCGGAAUUAAAACAAAAAUAACUGAUUUUAAGUAACCAAAGUUGUAUUAAAUCAAACAUAUAGAAAAUUAAACUAAUUUAGUAGCCGCCGCUGCUUCCACUUUGGCUGUUAAACUGACGAAAUUUCGAAUAGUAAAAACGCAGGCAAAAAAUGGGCAUAACUGAAACGCCGAAAACAGCAGCAAAUACAACAACAACGGGGACAGGCACAGCAGCCGGAGCGGCUAAUGAAAAUAAAAAGGUGUUAACAUUAGAAACGUUCCAGGAAAUAUUCAAGCGGGUGGAACCGCAUGUGCAAAUUGAUAAAUUCGAGUUAGCACUGGGCUCCGACCGCGGCGAUAACUAUACAGCCGCCUUAUAUCGCAUUUGCUUGAGUGGGAAGCGGCGCAGUUUGGAUGGCAGCGAGCACAAAUGGGAACAAAAUGUGAUAUGCAAAGUCCUGCCAGAGAGCGUUGUGCAGCGCGAGGCAUACAAAAGCGAUAAGCUCUUUCGCAACGAAGUGGAAUUUUAUACCUCAAUAAUGCCCGAGUUGGUUAAAUUUCAAGCCGCUAAAACUGGAUUGGAGCAGACUUUGUUCAACUCCAUACCAAAGUGUUACACAGCCCGACAGGACUUGCUUAUUAUGGAGGACCUGCGUGUGCGCGGCUUUGAAAUGUCGGAUCGCCAUAAGGGCCUUAGCAUGUCGGAAACGCAGUCAGUGCUGCUGCAAGUGGCGCAACUGCAUGCGCUCAGUUUGGCCUACAAGUUUGAGCAUCCGCAGGCGUUUGCCAAAAUGUGUAGCCUUAUCAGCGAAGGCAUCUUCUGCACGGCCAAUACCAGCUGGUAUAAGAACUAUUAUGAGCGCCUCACCAAGAAUGCCAUUAAGAUGGUAUCUGAUGUGCUGCCCGCCAACUCCAAGUAUAUGCAAGCUCUGUGCAGCUUUGCUGAGAGCACCUCCUUCUUUGGGCAAAUGGUGGAGCUGGCCAGUGCCGAGUCGCCUUUGUCUGCCAUAUGCCAUGGUGAUUGCUGGGUAAACAAUUUUCUGUAUCGCUACGAUCCAGAUGAAAGGGAACGUGUCAUGGAGGUGGCACUCAUUGACUUUCAACUGAUACGCUAUAGCUCUAUAGCGCUGGAUAUCGCCAAUCUGCUGUACUGUUGCACUACCAAGCAAAUGCGAGAUGCUCAGCUGCAAUCACUGCUCAAGAUCUAUACGGAGGAAUUGUACAAAUGGCUGGAGAUACUUUGCACCAGCUUACCUGAACAUUGUAAUACAUUGGCAAAGUUUCAAGAGCUCUUUGCGCAGGAACUGAAAACGUAUGGACGCUUUGCCUUGGGCCUGGCCAUGGACAUUAUACCCAUUAGCACGUGCUCUUCCGAAGAUGCACCCGACAUGUACUUGAACCGCAACGAAGAACUUGAUGAGGAUGUAGGCGCGCCCAUGCUUAAUUUUCCGCCCAAUGAUUUGUGCCGGCAGAAAAUGUCCGAGAUAGUCAUUGAUAUGGUCGAUCGCGAUAUGCUUUAGUUAAAGUCAGUUGCUUAAAUGCG